UAAUAGAAACACUUCAUUCAGAAAAUCAUGCAAUCACCGUUGCACUGACUAGAAGUAUAACAAAAGUACUCAGCGAUUACCUCAUCAAACGUUAUGGAUAUCAUCCCAGUUCACAUCACAAAAACAUAAUUGCCAUAUCCUUAGUCAAGAAAUACCCAACAUUGAAAUCUACAAGUGCAAAAUAUCCACAGAGUGUAUGGUAUCAUCCAGAAGGCCUUGGCGAAGGAAAACCUGCUGGAACUUUGCAAUUUCAUCUAGAAUACAUGGUACGAAAAUACAAAAAACAAGUUCGACGACCUAAACGGAAUACGGAAACGGAUAUAGUUGAUGUAAGCGCAAGCGGUACAAGUUCAGAUCCAUCAAAUCGGACGGAUGAUAGUUUAACUGAAAUGGUUAACAAGCUUAAACUUAUUGUGCCUUCAGAAGAAUCGUUCUCCCAAAUUAAAGAAGAUUGGAUAAAAACUACGGUGAUUCGACAAGAAAUGAGAAUGAAAAAAACGGACAUAACCACCACCAUGAUGGAAAUGUUUCCUGUGUCAACGGAAUAUGACGGAUAUCUGAUUUAUCAUGAUUUUGGUGUGAUGUUUCCUACGGCAAAACAACACACAGAUGAAAAUUGGAGCACGUUGCAACACAAGAUAUUGGAUACGUUCAAGCAUAUCCACACAACAAUCAACGAAAAGUUUGUUCGCUUGUUACUCAUAAUAAAACAGCGAACGCCGACACGAGGUGCUAAGCGUGUCAAUAAUGGAUCACAGAAAAUAGUUAAUAUGCUUGAGGCUGUUGUGGAAUGGAUAAAUGCGAGUUUUUAUUUAUAAACUUUUAAAUACUCUUUUCUUAAACAUUUUUGGAUAUUUUUUUCAGCCAGAAGAUGAUAUCGUGCAAUUAAUCGGGACAUAUCGAUCUACCAAAAACCCUGUGCUAAUUAUAAAAGCAAAUCAGUACACCUCGGGAGAAACAUUUAUACGCAUUGGAAAUCAUUAUUUCUCUGUAGGCUCCGAUUUGCAGCAUGCAUUUUUCAUUUUGAUUAAGACACAUAAUUUUUUUAAUUUGAAAUUUGAACCUUCGCUGUCCAACUUUUAUUCGUUCUUUACAUCGAUAGUAAUGCAAAUAACCGAGCCUUCAACUACUGUAAAUAACUUUAUUCUUCAGAUGAACUGAUCAUCACUUUAAAACAGUUUACUUACA